UUUAGUUUCUAUUUGUCUUUUUUUAAAAAAAAAUUAAAAAAAUUGUGAAAUAACAAAAAAAACGGCGAGAAACCGAUCCUGUGGGUUCAUGGAGAAUGUCGCGGGAAAUGAAAUGGACGGCGGCGAUGCGACGGGGAAGCCACCUGAUUUCACCGCCGGAGUGAUGAAGAGCUGAAACUACUCCGAUUUCGUUUCCCAAGGACGGGGCGGCAGCAAUGAAACUCGUAAUUUCGAUGAGAUAUUGUCCCUACUCAUUGAGCAAUUUAGAAACCUCCAAUGAAUCGGUUUCCACCUCUAAAUGUGUCAUCCAUUUGUUUCAUGGAGCGGUUUUGGCUGCUUAAACCCCAUCAACGAUGGCCAUUAGAUUACUACCAGAAGGAUGAACCCUUGAAGGCCACCAAGAAUCAACCCCAUGUUUGACGUUCAGCUUGAUCGCCGAUGGAGUCCAAUCAGAACAGAACAGAACAGAAUAUGGAGAUUAUCGGUCAUCUUCCUUAAAGAGCAUAUAUAAGGCCUACGUAAGGAUCAAUCCGUUGAUCUCCAAGCCUAUGCAGCGAGAGUAUGAACAAACCUUCCAUUUUCAGUUCCCUCCUUUUUCUUUGGUUUUUGUUGCAUUUAUUUUGUCACUGUUUACUCUUAUGCUAUCAACGACUGCGCUUUCAAUGAAAACACUGCAUUUCAACGUAGUCUUAUUUGAUCUUUAACCCCAUCAUAAAAAAAAUCAAUGAUAAUCGCUUGUACUCAUUCUAAUUUAACUAUAUGUACCAUUAGCUUGUAGCUGCUUUUUUCUUUGUAAUAUAUUCUAUGCAACUUGUGCCAACUGCUAACUCACAAUCCCAUCAGAUUUAUUGCGACGACUUCAGGUCAAUUGGAAUUUGAACUAACUCACAAUUAGCAGAGGUAGUGGCCCAUUGAUUGACUCAUUUUUCUUCUCUACAAAAAUCAGCACUUCAGGCCGAGUCAAUUUGGUGAUCUUCUAGGCUAAAUUAUACAACCUUUCCUGAAUUUCUUGCUAUAUGAUGAUCAUUUUUUGCUCACUAAAUAUUAGAAGUUUCAAGCCUAUGCUAUGGGCAACCCUUUCGUUUUCAGUUCUCUCUUUGUUCUAUGGUUGUAUUGCAUUUGUUUUGCUGGUGUUCGCACUUAUGCUAUCAGUUGUUCUUUCAAUGAGAAGGAAGCGCUCACAGCUUUUAAACAAAGCCUAUCAGAUCCUUCAGGUAGACUUUCGUCUUGGAAUAAUGGCAGAAAUUGUUGUGAAUGGCACGGCGUAACUUGUAGUUUCAUUUCUGGAAAGGUUACAAAACUCGAUCUACGGAACUCUUGGGGGUUUACCAACCUCAUGUCAUCUGCCUAUGACUUCUUGCAAUACACAAGGUCAUGUUUGGGUGGGGAGAUUAGUUCUUCUCUACUUGAGCUCAAAGAUCUAAAUUAUUUGGACUUGAGUCUAAAUGAUUUCAAUGGUGCUCCAGUUCCACAUUUCUUCGUGAUGUUAAAAAACUUGAGGUACCUCAAUCUCGCUUCUGCACAUUUUGGUGGACAGAUUCCACUCCAUUUAGGAAAUCUGACCAAUUUGAGGUAUCUAGACCUUUCUGAAUAUUUGUAUGAAUAUGAAUCAAAUUUCAAGGUUGGAAACUUGCGAUGGCUUUCUGGUCUUUCUUCUUUAGUGUACCUUAAUGUUGGAGGGCUGGAUUUUAGUAGUUUACAAACAAAUUGGAUGAACGAAAUUAAUAGACUUUCUUCCUUGUUAGAGCUACACUUGAGUGGCUGCAAUAUUAUAAGUGUUGAUACUAAAGUUGGAUUUCUAAAUCUCACUUCCCUUAGGGUCUUUGAUCUAUCGUACAAUUGGAUAAGUUCUUUAUUUCCUACAUGGCUGUCUAAUCUUACCAGCCUUCAAAGACUUGAACUGCAGUUUAACAAUUUUAAUGGUACAACUCCUCGAGAUUUUGCAGAAUUGAAAAAUCUUCAAUAUCUUGAUUUAAGUGGGAACAACUUAAGGAAUAGUGGAGAUCACAUGCCUAGUUAUUUGCAAAACCUUUGCAAGUUACAGUUAUUGAAUCUUUAUAACAACAAUUUUGGUUGUACGGUUGAAGAGCUUUUGGGAAGUUUUCCAAAUUGUUCCCUCAACAAUUUGGAGUUUUUGGACCUAAGUGGAAAUCAUUUGGUGGGAGAGAUCUCAAAUUCACUAGAUUCACUUCAGAACCUAAGGCACUUGGAUCUUUCAGGGAACAAAUUAUGGGGAUCGCUUCCAAAUUCGAUUGGUAACUUGUCCUUAUUGCAAAGUGUGAGCAUCUCGAGUAAUUUCUUGAAUGGAACUAUACCUCCAAGUGUUGGGCAGCUAUCAAACUUAAUUCAUUUCAGUGCUUACGACAAUUUCUGGAAAACGGUUAUAACAGAAGCUCAUUUGGUGAACUUGACAGAAUUAAAAUCACUUCAAAUUACAACAGAAAUAAACCGUGCUUUGGUUUUCAAUGUGUCAUAUGAUUGGGUACCUCCUUUUAGGCUCAAGAAUCUUCAUUUGAGAAAUUGCCUUGUGGGUCCUCAAUUUCCGGUUUGGCUUCAAGUCCAAACUCAACUAACUGGCGCUGUCACUAUCUCUAAUGCUGGAAUUUCUGGUUCUAUACCAGAUAAUUGGAUUUGUAACAUGUCCUCUAAUAUCACUAAUUUGGAUCUAUCCAACAACUUACUCAAAUGACAUUUGUCUAAUCUACUGGCAUUCCAAGACCCAAAUGCUGUUGUUCACAGUCACAAUAAUCUGUUGGUCGACUCAAUCUUGCAGAAGUAUCCUAAUCUUCUCUUCUUAUUUCUUCACCACAAUUUAUUGACAGGCCCUAUACCUUCAAAUAUCGGUGAUUUGAUGCCCAACUUGCGGAUGUUGUAUUUGUCCAACAAUCAUCUUAGUGGUGUGAUUCCAUCUGACGUUCAGACAAUGAGUAAUUUGGCAGUACUUUCAUUGUCAGAUAAUCAAUUUUCAGGGGAGCUCUUCGAUUAUUGGGGUGAAUUAAGAUUAUUAUUUGUCAUUGACUUGGCCAACAAUAGUCUGUAUGGAAAAAUUCCAAGCUCAAUAGGUUUCUUGAUAACCCUCGAAAAUCUAGAAUUGAGCUACAACCAUUUUGAUGGAAAAAUUCCCAAGUCUUUACAAAAUUGUCCACAACUCGUGAGCAUCGAUCUCAGUCAAAAUAGGCUAUAUGGAAGCCUUCCUAUGUGGAUUGGAGUUGUUGUGUCACGGUUGCGGUUGCUAAACCUACGAUCUAACCAUUUCACUGGAACCAUCCCAAGACAGUGGUGUAAUCUUCCUAAACUUCGUGUGUUUGAUGUUUCAAACAACAAUCUUUCGGGAGAAAUUCCAAGUUGCUUGAAUAAUUGGACAGAUAUAGCUUAUAAUCUCUACGCGCCUGGGUUCCAAAAUUAUUCGGGAAAAACAUCAUUGGUUAUGAAAGGAAGAGAACUUGAAUAUAGUGUCAAUCUCGACUACGUAUUAACAAUAGAUAUUUCAAGCAAUAGAUUGAAUGGUACAAUCCCAAUGAGAUAACAAAUCUCCUCAACCUUGGUACCUUAAACUUGUCGAACAAUCAUCUUGUUGGUACCAUACCAUUAAAUAUUGGAGCUAUGCAACAAUUAGAAACCCUCGAUCUCUCGCGCAACCGCCUUUCUGGGAACAUUCCAGCCAGCCUAGCUUCUUUAAAUUUCUUAACACAUUUGAAUUUGUCAUUCAACAAUUUGACCGGACGCAUUCCCACAGGUAGGCAACUUCAAACGUUGAAUGACCCUUCCAUUUAUGAAGGCAAUCCUUUUCUAACGAAGAGCUCGAGUGACAAGAAUACAAACACCGACGUUCCUGUUUCAGCAAAUAAAGUAGAUGGGAAGGAAAAUGAGAUGGAAUUCUUUGGCUUUGCCUUCUAUGUCAGCAUGGGAAUUGGUUUUCCCAUUGGUCUGAACAUCUUGUUUUUCACCAUUUUCACAAGCCGAUCACGAAGAAUAUUGUACAUUCGGUUUAUAGAUCGUGUUAAUGACAACAUACUCGAAGGAAUUGGAUUUGUUAUCACCUCGAUGAGAAGAAUGAGAGGAAGAAGAUUUCAAUAAGGCUGGACAAUGAACAUAUGGAGACUUGAUUGUCAACCAUAAGUGAAGACUUCAAAUUACAUUGAAUCAAUCAUCAAGGAAUGGAUCAUCCAAAAUUGUAUGAAGAUUGAAUUGCUGCUGAAUAAUGGGAUCAAUAUCAGGUAUUGGUCCUGGUAUCUCUAUCCCUGGAAUCCACCCCAUUAUUUCUGAAUUAUUUUCCAAACUUUCUUUAGUUUCUUCUUUUUCACUCUUCUUCUUGCUUUCUGUUAUUGAUAUUAUUAUUCUUGGACUUUCUUGGUCUUCACUCUUUAAUCUCUUUUGCAUCUUUUGCAAUACAUCAUUUUCCCCUUCAGAUAAUAUCAUCUCCUCAGACAACGACGACAAUGUCGGAGAAUUUACGUCUCCGUCAUUGCCGAUGUUGCCAUUGUUUGCACUCUUCUUGGUAAUUUCUUUUCCUAAUAAUCUUGCACUUUCUUGAUCUUCGCUCUCUAAUCUCUUUGUCUUUUGCAUUUUUAGAAAAACAUCAUUUUCUCCUUCAAAUAUCUCUGCCAACAACAAGGAGGACACUGUUGGAGAAUGUACGUCGCUGCCGUUGCUGAUGUAGUCUGCAGCACUGUUCAUAGUAAUUUCUUUUCUUAAUAAUCUUGGACUUUCUGGAUCUUCAAUCUCUAAUCUCUCUGUCUUUUGCAUUUUUAUAAAAACACCAUUUCCCCCUUCAAAUCUUUCGUCCAACAACGACAACACUAUGGGAGAAUGUUCGUCGCUGCCUUUGUUUCUGAUCUUCGCUUUGCAACAAUUGUCCUCACUCAUCAUCACAUAAAAUAAGAAAAACAAAACCAAUACAAUGCUGAGAGAAAAUUUUAUCUAAUGAAAUACAUUUCCUUCC